CCGGAGCAGGACCUCCAGUCGUCUCCUGAGGAAGAAGCUCCCUCCGAGAUCCAGCCCCACGAUGCAGUUCUGUCCGGUCCAGUGUCCGGUCCAGUGUCCGGUCCAGUGGUCAGUCCAGUGUCCAGUUCGGUGUCGAUCGGGUCAGAAACAGCUCUGGACACAGUGUUGCCUGAUCCAGAAAUCCAGCUGCCUCAAGGAUCCAUCGUGUCUUUGUUUGAAGUGGGACAUCUGAUCGCGUCCGGGAACUUCAGCAAGGUCUAUGAGGGGACACACAUAUUCAGCGACAACGUGAAGGUUGCUCUGAAGUGUGUCCCCAAGCGCAGAGCGGACCGCUACCUCGACAUUCCUGGUCACUCCAGACCGGUGCUUGCUGAAGUGGCUCUGAUGCUGCGGCUGGGAGAAGCUCCCUCGUGCCCCAACAUCACGGAGCUACACCAGUGGCUGGAGGACGAGAGCAGCUUCACUCUCAUCAUGGAGUACCCUGAACCCUGCCGGACCUUGGAGGAUUACGUCUUGUUCUCCGGCCCCGUUAGUGAAGCACAAGCACGCUUGUUCAUGCUUCAGGUGCUUCAAGCAGUCAAACACUGCCAUGAGCGUGGAGUUUAUCACGGUGAUAUCCGCUCGAGGAACAUCCUGGUGACUCUCCACAGUCUGGAGCUCAAGCUCAUCGACUUCCGCUGCGCUCGUCUGAUCAGCAGCGAGGGCUUUGACAGCAGCCAGUACCAGGGAUCAGACGCAUACACCCCUCCUGAGGUCCUCGGCCAGUCCAUCUUCCACGCCGCAGCAGCAGACGUCUGGGCGCUGGCAGUCCUGCUCUUCGAGAUCAUUCACAGAUAUCUGCCCUUCGAAAGCUUUGAUGCCAUUCAGCACGGCUACGUCCGGAUGGAUCCCACCUUAUCCACAGCGUGCCAUGACCUGAUUUUCCACUGCUUGAGCCGUAAUCCAGCUCACCGGCUGACGCUCCAGCAGCUGGAAGAGCACCGCUGGAUGAAGGCCUAGACUGGAGAAGACAGGGAUCCCGAUGUGCACCAGACAGAGUUUACUGUCUCCAGGAGUCUCAGGAGAUGCAGCGAGACUCUGGACUCGUCUCUGAUCGAUCAAACACAGAGAAACACGAGAACGUGCUGUCUGGAGAAAUCAGGAAGAUCAGAAGAAAUUCUACAAUUACAAAUUCAGAAGUGCAUGUAAUCACAAUGCUCUUAAUUAGUGCUUCACAAAUUAUUAACGUAAGGAAUAUAAAAAAACUACUUUUAUAUAAUAUUUCAGAAAGUAAAUGUAGUCACUAAUUGGUGGCUUAUUAGUCACAUUAAUGUCAGAAAUGUAAAAAAAUAAGCUAUUUUUUAAUAAUAUUUCAGAAAUUAAAUGCUAUUUUUUUAUAAUAUUUCAGAAAGUAAAUAAAGUCACUAAUAGGUGCUUUAUUAGUGACAUUAAUGUAGGAAAUGU